GAGACUGCGCGGCGCGGCCGGGCCGGCCGACCGCGUCUCCAUCUCCGCGUUCGCCCGCUGGCUAGCGGUCGGUUUGUCUGUCCGUCCCGCCGCGCCGGGGCCGUCUAGGUGGAGCCAGGGCUCAGGCGGUCGACCUGAGCAAGCCACGUGGAUGGGGCACUGGACCCAGAGUGCCUACCCCUGCCUGUCUGGGCCUCAGUUUCCUCAUCUGGGCAAUGGGGGUGACCAUCCCUGCCCUGCUGGCUGCCAGGAGCGGCUGUGAGUCUGUGGGCGUGGCAGCAGCCUGCGGGAAGCCAUAGGGCCGGAUCACAGGCCCCGCCCCUGGCGGUCCCAUUCCCUCUUCAUCUCCACAGGCCCAGCCAUCACCAUGGCGGGAGGGAGACCUCAGCUGAAGAGGAGUUUUUCCAUCAUCCCCUGCUUUGUCUUCGUGGAGUCGGUACUGCUGGGCAUCGUGGUCCUGCUUGCCUACCGCCUGGAGUUCACAGACACGUUCCCUGUGCACACCCAGGGCUUCUUCUGCUAUGAUAGUACCUAUGCCAAGCCCUACCCAGGGCCUGAGGCUACCAGCAGAGCACCCCCAGCCCUCAUCUACGCCCUGGUCACUGCUGGGCCCACCCUCACGAUCCUGCUUGGGGAGCUGGCGCGUGCCUUUUUCCCUGCACCACCCUCAGCCGUCCCCAUCAUUGGGGAGAGCACCAUCGUGUCCGGGGCCUGCUGCCGCUUCAGCCCCCCACUGCGGAGGCUGGUCCGCUUCCUGGGGGUCUACUCUUUUGGCCUCUUCACCACGACCAUCUUCGCUAACGCGGGGCAGGUGGUGACCGGCAAUCCCACGCCUCACUUCCUGUCCGUGUGCCGCCCCAACUACACGGCCCUAGGCUGCCCGCCACCCUCACCGGACCGGCCAGGGCCCGACCGUUUCGUCACUGACCAGGGUGCCUGCGCCGGCAGUCCCAGCCUGGUGGCUGCUGCCCGCCGCGCCUUCCCCUGCAAGGACGCUGCCCUUUGCGCCUAUGCCGUCACCUACACAGCGAUGUACGUGACACUCGUGUUCCGCGUGAAGGGCUCCCGCCUGGUCAAACCCUCACUCUGCCUGGCCCUGCUGUGCCCUGCUUUCCUGGUGGGCGUGGUCCGCGUGGCUGAGUACCGCAACCACUGGUCGGACGUGCUGGCUGGCUUCCUGACAGGGGCAGCGAUCGCCACCUUUCUGGUCACUUGUGUCGUGCACAACUUCCAGAGCCGGCCACCCUCUGGCCGAAGGCUCUCCCCUUGGGAGGACCUGAGCCAAGCCCCCACCAUGGACAGCCCCCUCGAAAAGUUAAGUGUGGCCCAGGAACCCGAGGGCUGCAGGCCGCAUUCGACACCGGCACGGCUCACCCCAUCCAAGCCGCAGAACUGCGCCCGCCGUGGCCACCUGAUCCCCAACUGCGUGUCCUCCAGGGCUCCAGCCAUGUGUUCAUCGCCCCGUGUGCCCCGCCCUCGAUUGAGGUCUGAGCCGACGCCCCUGCCUCUGCCUCUGCCCCUGCCAGCACCAACCCCCAGCCAGGGCCCCUCGCCCUCUUCCCCCGGGCCUGGGGGGCCGGGCGGGGGUGGUGGCCGUGGCCGGAAACUGCUGCUGCCCACACCCCUGCUGCGGGACCUAUACACCCUUAGCGGACUCUAUCCCUCCCCCUUCCACCGGGACAACUUCAGCCCUUACCUGUUUGCCAGCCGCGACCACCUGCUGUGAGGCCUGACACCCACCCAGAAUCUGCCCAGUCCCCAUUUCUUCCCUGCCACGCGUGUGUGUGCGUGUGCUGUGUGAGUGCCAAAGCCCUUGUCCCCAGGCCAGCCAGGCCCAGACAUCAGAGGAUGGCUGGAAGGACAUGGAGGGGACCCCCUGUCUCUUGCCCUCUAGGACAUCCAAGUGGGCAUAAUUGGGAGGUGGGUCCUUGCCUCCUAGGAUUGCCCUUUUAAGGGCCAAAGCCUGAUCCCAUUGGCCAUUGCCCAGCCAAUGGGGGCUUCCCAGUUCUCAGAAUCCUAGCCAAAAGGAGUUUACUCCAGCCAAUAAGAGAAUCCCCUAUUUUUAGACACCUCAGGCAAGAGGGCAACUCUAGUCAGUGUUCAGCCUCUGAACAACAAAUAGGAGUCCUUGGUUCUCAGACUCUCAAGGUGGGUGGGUAUGAUUCCAGUCAAUGGGGGACCGCCCAUGUCUAAGCAUGUGCAAAGGAGAGGGUGCUCUCUCAGAAUCAGAGUCCAGCUGGAGGGUCGGGGGCAGGCUCCCCCAUAGCAGGGUCCUUGGGGGUACCCCUUCCUCUCUCAGCCCCUCCCCCAUGUGCAAUCUCUCACCCAGUCUCUCCUAACGCCCAGCUUGUGCAGGGCUUACCCCAUUUCAGAGGUUUUGGGGUUCAGGGUGCUGCAUUCCCCCUUGCCUGUGCCCAGGUCACUCCAAACCCUUCUGUUAUUUAUUAGGGCUGUGGGAAGGGAGUUUUUUUUUUUCUUCCUUAGAACCACCCCUGUUCUUCACACUGCCCCCCCAUGCCUCAGCCUCAUACAGAUGUGCCAUCAUAGAGGCAUGGGUGGAGCAAAGAGGGCUCCCCAUCCCCGGCAGCCAAAGGCAGUGGGCAGGGGAGACACUGCCCCCCUUUCACACCCCCUCCUCAUCUUUAAUAAAGACCUGUUUGUAACAGAA